UAUAAAGAGAUAUAAAGAGAUGGCGACCUCUCAGCCAAACUUAGCUUUAAACCGCCCCUGACCCGACCCAGUUCGCACAAAUCAUGUUUUACCAUUUUGUUCUAUCCAACGUCGACGACAAAAACAAAAACACCAACCUUUUUAUCGUUUCACUUGCGAACUAGAUUACGUUAUUUCCCAUAUUUAUUAGCUUCAGAUCUAAUCGAUUCACUCUUUUUUUUUUCUCUUUAAAUUAUUUUUACUUCAAUUUAGUUAUCAGUGUUUCGCACGCUCUCUGUUUCCUCGAUAAGCAUGAUUUUUUCAAGGAUUGCACGCUCCGUUUCGCGGUCGUCUCGCGCUAGAAAUUUAUUACACGGUGAUGGGAGAUUGGGAACCCAUGUCGGAUUGCCACGGACGAAUGCGUGUUCUGAAGGAGCCGAAGGGGUAUUAGGGUUUGUUAGGGGCUACGUAUCUUCUGCCAGAGCUCGCAGUAAUGGCCUCGUUUCCAAUUUGCCUGAUUUUAAAUCUGUUGCAGCAAACCCUAGGAUUCGCCGAUUGUUUUGCAGCAAAGCUCCAAAGAAGAAGAAUUAUGAGAACUUCUAUCCCAAGGAAAAGAAGGAAGUUCCGAAAGGAAACGACAAAAAAUACGAGUCCAAAGAUAACUCGAACGCAAACACAGAGGAUAGUGGAAAUUUUCAGGAAGCUUUCAUGAAGCAAGUUCAAAAUCUAGUCACCCCAUUAUUGUUGAUGGGGCUAUUUCUUACAUCCUUUUCGUUUGGUCCUCGUGAACAGAAGCAGAUUAGCUUUCAGGAGUUUAAAAACAAGCUUUUGGAACCAGGAUUAGUAGACCAUAUUGUUGUCUCAAAUAAAUCAGUUGCCAAAGUAUAUGUAAGGAACACUCCCCUCAACCAAACAGAUAAUGAACUAGCCCAAGGGACCCAACCUGCAAUUGGAUCUGGAGGCCAGUAUAAAUAUUAUUUCAAUAUUGGAAGUGUUGAGUCUUUUGAGGAGAAGCUAGAGGAAGCGCAAGAAGCUCUGGGCAUUUACUCUCAUGAUUUUGUGCCUGUCACAUAUUCUUCUGAAGUGGUUUGGUACCAGGAAUUGAUGAGGUUUGCUCCAACACUGUUGCUUUUGGGAUCUCUCUUGUAUAUGGGAAGGAGAAUGCAAGGUGGAAUUGGUGUUGGUGGCAGUGGUGGCGGCAAGGGUGCCCGUGGAAUAUUCAACAUAGGAAAAGCACCAGUUACUAAAGUAGACAAAAAUGCCAAAAACAAGAUCUAUUUUAAAGAUGUUGCUGGCUGUGAUGAGGCAAAGCAAGAAAUUAUGGAGUUUGUCCACUUCCUCAAGAACCCAAAGAAAUAUGAAGAACUUGGUGCAAAAAUUCCAAAAGGUGCUCUCUUGGUUGGUCCUCCAGGCACAGGAAAAACCCUUUUAGCAAAAGCUACAGCAGGGGAGUCUGGUGUGCCAUUUCUUUCUAUAUCUGGUUCUGAUUUCAUGGAAAUGUUUGUUGGUGUUGGACCAUCUAGGGUGAGAAACUUGUUUCAGGAAGCAAGGCAGUGUUCACCUAGUAUAGUAUUUAUUGAUGAGAUUGAUGCAAUUGGUCGAGCAAGGCGGGGUAGUUUUUCUGGUGCAAAUGAUGAACGUGAAAGUACUUUAAAUCAAUUGUUGGUCGAGAUGGAUGGUUUUGGAACCACUUCUGGAGUUGUUGUGUUGGCAGGAACAAAUAGGCCUGAAAUCUUAGACAAAGCUCUUCUUAGGCCUGGGCGAUUUGACCGCCAGAUAACAAUUGACAAACCUGAUAUUAAAGGUCGUGACCAGAUAUUUCAGAUCUACUUGAAGAAAAUCAAACUUGAUCAUGAGCCUUCAUAUUAUUCUCCAAGGCUUGCAGCCCUUACACCUGGAUUUGCUGGAGCAGACAUUGCUAAUGUCUGCAAUGAAGCUGCUCUGAUUGCUGCAAGAGGUGAAGGAACACAAGUCACAAUGGAACAUUUUGAGGCAGCCAUUGAUAGGAUCAUUGGUGGUUUGGAAAAGAGGAACAAGGUAAUAAGCAAGCUGGAAAGGCGGACUGUUGCCUACCAUGAAGCAGGCCAUGCUGUUUCAGGUUGGUUCUUGGAGCAUGUUGAGCCCUUGUUGAAAGUAACUAUUGUUCCACGUGGCACUGCUGCUCUUGGGUUUGCCCAAUAUGUUCCCAAUGAGAACCUUCUCAUGACAAAGGAGCAGCUUUUUGAUAUGACUUGUAUGACACUUGGCGGUCGGGCUGCUGAGCAGGUUCUUAUAGGGAGAAUCUCAACAGGAGCACAAAAUGACUUGGAAAAAGUGACCAAGCUGACGUAUGCCCAAGUAGCAGUUUAUGGUUUUAGCGACAAAGUAGGCCUCCUCUCCUUCCCUCCAACUGAGGGCUCAUAUGAGUUUUCCAAACCAUACAGCAGCAAAACUGCUGCAAUCAUCGAUAGCGAAGUGCGUGAUUGGGUGGACAAAGCAUACAAACAUACGAUUCAGCUUAUCGAGGAACACAAGGAGCAAGUUACUGAAAUUGCAGAGUUGCUGCUUGAAAAAGAAGUACUUCACCAGGACGACUUGCUUCGAGUUUUGGGCGAGCGGCCGUUCAAGGCUACUGAACUCACCAAUUAUGAUAGAUUUAAGCAGGGUUUUAUAGAGGAAGAGGAAAAGGUCGUGGAAAGCACCGUAGACACGCCUGAGGAAGGUGGUGGGUCUUCACCUCUAGAACCCCAGGUUGUUCCCACAUAGACAGUUAUUUAAUUUGUGUUUGUUAUUGUACAUGGCUUUCUUGUUUUUUCAAUUUGCUGACAGAGGAACGAACAAAACGCUUAUGGUAACUGCUGAAUAAAAAUUAUUCGUUUCUGAUUUUUCUUAUAUGGAUAUGCCAUAGACCGGCCAAUCCAAAUACUAUUUUCAGUUGUUCGAGCCUAGUUACUGUUACAUUGAUUUUUAA